AUGUAAAAUUUGAAAUAAUUUAUACCUUCCAAUUUUUUUGGUGACAGAGUAGCAUCAGGCUUAGGUCAUGGUCUAGCAAAGUGCAUUAAUCUCUCAAAUUUGACACUUGACCUUUAUGAUAAUGCAAUUGGUGACAAAGGUGCAUCAGGCUUAGGUUCUGGUUUAGCAAAGUGCAUUAAUCUCUCAAAUUUGACACUCGACCUUGUUUGUAAUGAAAUUGGUGCAAAGGGUGCAUCAGGCUUAGGUUCUGGUUUAGGAAAGUGCAUUAAUCUCUCAAAUUUGACACUUAAACUUAAUUCUAAUAAAAUUGGUGCAAAGGGUGCAUCAGGCUUAGGUUCUGGUUUAGCAAAGUGCAUUAAUCUCUCAAAUAUGACACUUAACCUUGUUAGGAAUAAAAUUGGUGACGAAGGUGCAUCAGGCUUAGGUUCUGGUUUAGGAAAGGGCAUUAAUCUCUCAAAUUUGACACUUUAUCUUGAUGCUAAUUAAAUUGGUGACAAAGGUGCAUCAGGCUUAGAUUCUGGUUUAGGAAAGUGCAUUAAUCUCUCAAAUUUGACACUUGACCUUUAGUAAAACAGUUUAUUUGUUUUGGAUU